CAUGUGGAAGUUGACAACAUGGAGGAACGUAGGUUGGGAGACUUCUUGACUUGAUGUUUAUCUUGCAUAUGGAGCAGCUCAGAUAAUUUUAUGUUGUAAAGCAUGAGAUAUGCACAGCUUGUCAUGGGACCCGCUGGAAGCGGAAAGGUAGGCAUUUACGAUUUUUCACAACAAAGAAAAUUGGAAGGGUUCGAUCAGUCUUGUGCUCCAGUAACUGAAAAAUACCAAGUGAUAAAGACAAUGACAACAAUUGAGAUGAAUGUCGAAACUCAGCUUUUUCAAACUUACAAGUGCAACUCAGGAUUUAGAGGAAAGCGGACUGGCUGAUGAUUGGUGACUUAGCUUUAUUUAUGUAUCUUUUUUUGCUUUGUAGUCCACUUACUGUUCUGCAAUACUCCAACAUUGUGAAAACGUACAACGUACAGUUCAUGUGGUCAAUCUUGAUCCUGCUGCUGAGCACUUUGACUAUCCUGUUCUUGCAGGUAAUAAAACCAUACAAUAUCAAACAGCGAUGCUUAUCUUAUAUUAAUAAUCAUAAGACGUUCUUUCAAAUAGAAACAGCUAAAUAGUUUUCAGAAUAAUAUUUUCCACUGAAGACUUUUGAGAGAAUGCAGGGCCAUAUAAAUUUUGGGCUGAUGCCUUUAAAUGUUUUCCUGUAGUUUUAAGCUGCUCCUGAUCAAACAAAAUACAAGUCACAGGCUUUUAAAAGGCUGGAUGUAGUAUUAGGUAUUGGAUAGCACUUAUUUAUCCAGAGGAUCAUGUUAACUGAAAAAGCUGGUUUUAUAUGUCAGUGUGUGAAAUCUCUGAUAAUUAGGAGGUAUAGUAGGCAAAUGUUUAGUGACUUGGAUACUUUAUUAGAGGGUUUGAGUUCAAGCUUUUGCCAUGGUCACUUUGCAGAUGUGUUUUUGGGCAGGACAAUUUAUGUUUUUGCAGUGUAAAGUUUAAUUGAAGUUUAAAGUUGUAAAGAAAGAGCUGAAAAGUAUCAAACUAUUCUUGACUCUUUGUUUUUAAGGUGCAGUUUAUGUUUGUGUUUUACAGAUGUACGGGAGCUAGUUGAGUUAGAGGAUGUUAUGGAAGCUGAUGAUUUGCGACUUGGGCCAAAUGGAGGACUUGUUUUCUGUAUGGAGUAAGGAAUGAUUGCAAUUUUAGGAUUUAUGUAUACUUUUGAUCCUAGCAAAUGUAUAGUUAGCCCUUUAUUUACCUGUUUUUGAUUAACAAUUAUUCCCACAAACUCAAAGAGGAUUCUCAAAAUUUAAGAGUAUUAUGUCUUAGUGCCAGCAAAUUUUUCAGAGGCACAAACAUAGUAAUUGUGAACCAUGUGAUUCUCUAAUUUUUUCCUCCAUCUAGGUACUUGGUACAGAAUUUUGAUUGGUUAGAAGAAAAACUGGGAGAUGUUGAUGAUGAUUAUGUCCUGUUUGAUUGUCCAGGUGUGCAUAGUGCCUGCUUGUAAAAGAAAAUUUGUUCUUGUAAGGAAAAUGUUGUCCAGAAGUUACAGAGCACAUAAGGCAGCUUCAGUUCAUUUUUUAUCAGAACGAAGUUUACAUUUGCUAGUGGACAAGAAAGGCCUGUUUUGCCAACUUUGUAAAGUGAAUCAGAGCACAAGAUUGACGAGAACCCCACCUCUCCUAGAUAUCUCAUAAUUAUUUUUGAUAUAAGCUUAUCAAAAUAAGCAAUUUAAGUUAGACAUGAAAAGGCAGGUGGCUUUAAAGUCUAAGAAUACAAUUUGUUUAUUGACAAUAAACUUAAACUUUUAUACUACAGGCCAAAUAGAACUUUACACUCACAUGCCUGUGAUGAGACAAUUGGUCCAGACAUUAAACCAAUGGGAUUUCAGAGUGUGUGGUGUUUUCCUGAUUGAUUCUCAGUUUCUGGUGGAUUGUAGCAAGUUCUUUGCUGGAAUUCUUACUGCACUGUCAGCAAUGAUUCAAUUGGAGAUUCCUCACAUUAAUGUUAUGAGUAAGAUGGAUUUGCUCAGCAAGAAGCAAAUGAAACAAGUUGAUAGGUGAGUUGAUGGAUUCUUUGGAAAAUAAUAUUUUGUUUAAAAGAAAAUAGUAUUUAAAUUAUAAUUUAAUCACACAUGAAAUGAGAAUAUCUGCACAGCUCAGAAACCUAGAGGUCAAACUUACCUGUUAUUGAUUUCCUUAAUUGUGGGUUGUACAAUGUAUAUUGAUUGUCAUUACAUGAAAUCUUUUCAUGUGUAAAAAGUUUAUUUUGUGCCAAUAAAUUUACAAGGCUGCUCAGUGCAUGACUAAAAAUGUACAAUACAGCUGACAAGUUAUAUGACUGUAGCUCUGGAAGGAAUAAGGAGUCAUACAAUUGCACACCAAUUUUGAGAAUCUAAAUAUUGUCUGAGAUACUCCAGUUCAUGUUCAACAGAUUGUAAAGAACUGUGGGAGCUGAAGGCUCUACUUAAAAUUAUUCCUUGGCUCAGAUCAUAAUUUAAACUGAUCAUAACACAAAAUGUUUUUUUUUUGGUCAGAUUUUUGGACCCAGAUCCACAAGACCUUGUAGGAGACCUUGAAUCAAGCUCAAACAAGAGGUUUAAGAAGCUUAAUAAAGCACUGGCACAACUGGUAAGCAUACAGAGAUGUUGAACAUAAUGUUAUCACUCACACUGAGUUUAUUUUCUGGCAUUAGAAGAUCCAGAACUCUCUUCAACAGCUUGAAACAAUUUGAUCAUGAUUAAGAAAUGGAUUAUCUUACAAGCCUUUCUCAGUCUUUAUAGUAGAGGAAUGAACAGUAAUAAGCCUCACUACCAUAGUCUCUGUGGUCACAAUUACCUUGUGGCUCAGUGGUAGAGCAUGGGAUUGCCAAAUCAGAAGGUCUGAUGUUCAAUUCCUUGUGGAGACUUGGAAUUUUUUCUUUGUCUCACACUCAAAAACUUUAUUCUUUGAAACAUGCUGAAUAAAAUUGAAACAAUGUCUUCAACAAAGGUUGCCUACAUUUUUUGGAGUUGUGGAAAAUUUGGCAAACAGCAAUGGUUUAAAAUAUAGCCAAGUCAGAGAGACAGAGAAGCUGGCUAUGCAGAUCCAGAAAUGAUCUUAACUUUUUGUUUGUAAAUUUUCAGAUUGAUGAUUACAGUAUGGUGUCAUUUGUGCCUCUAAACCUCUGUGACGAAGAUUCUAUCAUGAAUGUGCUUAUUCAGAUUGAUAAUGCAAUACAGUAUGGGGAAGAUUUGGAUGUUCGUGAAAUGAAGGUCAAUAAAAAUUUGUACUUUCAUGUAGAAUUUAUGUAUCACCAUCUUAGCAAACCCUCCAAUUUUAAUUUAUCUCACCAUGAAUGGUUGUUGUUUCUGCUGUAAACAUAUACUCGUAAGUUGCCUCUGCCUCUCAUAAGCGUGGGUGACCAACUAUAUAUCUUUUUAAUUGAAACCCCCCCCCCCAGGAUAAGCCCAAAAGGGGAAAAUUUGAAGAAAAUUGCAGCACAUGCAAGUUUUACUUUAGGGGUAUGAAGUCAAGAAAAAAAUUUAUUUAUUGUUACUUAAGGUUUUUCUUUGGAAAUUGCUACUUUUUUAAUGAAAUGUUGCAGGAUGAUGAGCAAGAUGAUGAUGCUAUUGGUGCAAAUGAUGACAGCUGACCUGAAAUUUACCUGGAAACACUGCAUAAUGCGAGCAACGAUAGUGCAUCAAUUGCCUAACAGGCUGUUUGUGACUGAAGUUGCAAUCAAAUUUAGUGAGAGUUUCAUCGAAGUUCUGUGGAAAAAGAAAAGUCUGACUGUACUCUGGAGAAAUUAAAGGCAGAGGUUGGGUGGAAUCCUGCAAAGGUGCACUGCACAUUAAAUAUGACCUUCACAAGCUUGGUGUUACAUGAUAUGUUCAGUUGUUCACUAGAUUGCUUUGUAUGCUGGUUAGAACAAAGUUCACAAAGACCUGUGUGUAAUGGUAACUUAUGCAAGGAAGAGAAAAGACAAAUAAAAUAAAGAAAGC